UACUACUACUCAUGCACCCAGAUAUCGGCCUUCUGCCCUGUCCAGGCCACCACUCUUGGCUAUUUUCCCAACAGAGGUAUCAACUACUUCUUCGCCAUUGUGUUCGGCCUGGCCAUGGUCACCACCCUGACUCUAGGCACGUGGAAGAAGACGUGGAGCUACAUGGCUUUCAUUACUGCUGGCUGUGCGCUGGAGCUCGCCGGCUAUGGAGCCCGCAUCCCGCUGAGCGACAACCCCUGGAACAAGGAAGCCUUUGAGACGCAGAUCUGCGCCAUCGUCCUGGCGCCGACACUGGCGUGCGUGUCCAUCUACCUGACGCUGAAGCACGUGUGCCUGUCGCUCAACCCAGAGCUCUCACGCGUGCGCCCACACCUCUUUCCCUUCAUCUUCGUGCCCCUCGACGUGUCGUGCCUGCUGGUCCAGGCCAUCGGCGGCGCCCUCGCGGCCAGCGCCGGCUCCACGAACUUCUCGAUGCUCCAGCACGGCAACCGCGCCAUCAUCGCCGGCAUCACCCUGCAGGUCUUCGUGCUGCUCUGUUUCGGCACCACCUGCGCAGACUACUACCUCCGCGUCAAGCGGUGGAUAGCAGCGGCAGACGGGGCAGGCACGGGCCUGGUGCCGCGCCAGGACGCGGUCGCGCUGUGGCACGACAAGAAGUUCAGGGCUUUCAUCUACGCCGCCACCGCGGCGUACAGCGGCAUCUUGAUCCGCUGCAUCUAUCGUAUCGCCGAGAUGGCUGGCGGGUGGGGAAACAAGAUCAUGCAGGACGAGCCGUCGUUUAUUGUCCUUGAGGGAUUCAUGGUCGCUAUCUCGUGCGUCUUACUGGCCGUGUUCCCGCCAGGCUUCCUGUUCCCGCAAAUGGCGGCGCGCAUGUCG